AGGAGAAAACAUGUCAAGUCAUUGUAACCCAUUACUUUUUAGUGGCACUUUCUUUGUCCUAAAUCAGUUCUGGGAUUUGAAAUUUUUACCUGGAAAAGCAAAAAGUUCUCAACGUUUUGAUGUACAUAAUGUCCAGAAUCGUUAAUGCAAUAUUUUGGCUCUAUUAUCUCAUCUUGUCCUAUUGAACUUGAAAAUUUCGCUAGAAAUCACUUGAUUGUUUACAGAGAUUCGAUUGGGAAAAUGGAACUUCCCUUGAAAUUUAGUUUUACCUAUUUUUCUAUGCAUAAACUGGGUGUCCUGUAGCUUGCAAUGCUAAAUGUACCUUUAACAGAAUUCUUUUUCCUCUUAACAUUUAUUGCAUUCUCCUUGAAAUUUAAUUGUUCUCAGAGUUCAUGAUAUCGUUAGGGCUGUGAUGUAGUAGUUUUGUCGCCUGGCAAGCAUUUUUCUUGUAUUGCAGGUUUAAACUUUUUGAGAUUCCCUUCUGGGAAUCUUUUGGGAUUUGUAAUUUGGUUUUUCUUGACAAUGGGAUAUUUGUGGAUGGGUUUUUUUAGCCCUUAACCACAGAGUAAGGAUAUGCCUUUGUCCACUUCAGUAAGGACAGCACUUGAAGAUUGUAACAUGAUUCUUUUAGGCUUUUGGGUUGUAAACUUCUUAACUGGAAUUGAAUUUCUGGCUAGCUUUUAAUAGCCAGUUGUUACUAAGUUUGAAUUACAGGCUGCAUCAGGUAGAAUUUGAGCUACAUGAGUCAUCUUAUUCUUUCAAAUAUACAAAGAAGUUCCCCAUUUGCUUAUAGUGGAUUUUCUUCAUUUGCAUCAUCUGAUAUUGUUAAUGUUGAUCAGCUGUAGAGGGCUUCAAUGGAGUGAUGCUUGUUGACAAUGCAUUUGUUCUGGUGGCAACAACUGCCACUGCUUAUACUGCUUCAACUUCUAGAAACCAAUGAUACAAGCCACAAACUGUGUGCCGAAGCACUAGUUGCUUGUAAGAGCACAAAUGGCCCUCCUCAACAUUCCAUUGGCAAGAUUGGGAGAUACUCAUGCCUAAGGCAGUGGGCAAGUGCCAACUGUUAUAAACUGAAUGACCUAGGUGUUGUUUCUUUGUCUCCCAAAAGACAUGCUUCUUUUUUGAAGAUUGGAUUAAUCAAAUCAUCACCCAUUGCUUUGAAAUUUAUUUCCUCAAAUUUUCCAUUCAAAUUUCAAGAAAAAGUCUGUAAAUCAAUUAACAGAAGAAUAGCAGCUGCAGUUGAUGGGGACAAUGGUGUUCCAACACUAACACCCUUGGAAGGAGCAGAUGCUAAGAAACCAAGUAAACAUAAAGUUGCUGCAAUAAUUGGCGGUCUUGGUGCAGCUCUGCUUGUGAUUGUCAUUGUACUGAUUGUAUACAUUUGCUUGAUGCAUGUUAAGCAAUUCCUAAGGCCAGCAUCUGAGACAGCAUCUUCUAUACCAUCUCCUCCAGUUGAAUUGGCAAGAAGCAAUAUUUCUCCCUAUGCUGCUUCACAGUCUCCUAUUAAUCAAAAUGUAAGGCAAUUAUCAAUUGUGGAGCUAGAGCAUGCCACCUGUAAUUUCAGUCACAGUAAUAUCAUAGGUGAAGGUGUAUUUGGUUUAGUUUAUAAAGGACUGCUUCUAGAUGGAUCAAUUGUAGCUGUCAAGAGGUGCCUACAAAAACCAUUUCUGGAUUUUCUUCCCCAGGUGGAACGCAUAGCUUCAGUUCGCCAUGGACAUCUUGUUGAACUUAUUGGUUACUGUGAACAUAGGAAUCAGCUGUUACUUGUAUAUGACUAUAUCUCUAAUGGGAACGUAGGGAAUUACCUUAAUGAUAGUGAAGGCUUACCAACGGGAAAGUUGGACAUGAGGCAAAGACUGUCAAUUGCUUUGGGUGCUGCAAAAGGCCUUCAAUAUCUUCACAGUUUGGUCCCUCCUUUUCCGCACAUGCACUUCAGAACUAGCAAUGUUCUUUUGGGAGAUAACUUUACUGCCAGAGUUUCUGACUAUGGACUUCUUAAAUUGGUCAUAGAGGGUCAUCGUGCUGGACCAUCUUCAGCUGUCGACUACUUUCACGAUCCAGAGUUAAACUUGUCAAACAAUUUUUCGGAGCGAAGUGACGUGUACAGUUUUGGGGUCUUCUUGUUGGAGUUGAUUAGUGCCCGUGAAGCACAUGGCAAGCGUCAGUCAAACUCAGGGCACAAUUUAGUAGAGGAGGCUAGGGAAUGCCGUCUCGGCGACUUCAUUGAUAAGACACUCGGAGUGCAGACAAUGCAAGCUGCAGGACGAAUGAUGGAGCUGGCAUUGCAAUGUGUAGAUAUUAGUGCAAAAAGACCAUCAAUGGUGAGAAUUGUUCAAGAGAUUGAACAGAUUCAAAGAAGAGAAAUGGGAUUUUUGCAGGCUGAGUUUGUGGAAGAGAUAGGCUCUGUUACACUUGGCAGUGACCUCUUUAAAUGACCUCCUCUCAUGCAUUCUUUGAACUGCAACUGCAAUCAUUCUUUUAUUAGAUUAUUAGAAACAUAGACUUGAGACUUCAUUAGAAGUAAAUUAUCAAAGAAAUUAUAGGUUUGAAAUUUGAGAUUUA